GCUGGGAAGAUGGCGGGGGUGGGCCUGGCGGCCGUGGCCGCUUGGGUACCUUGUCGCAGGUGGAGCUGGGCGUCAGUCACCUUCGGCUUCCACCAUGGUCUCAGCACGUUACUUGCACGGAAGACUGAGCGGACGCCACAGUGGCUCCGAGCUUGCAGACACAAGACAUCAAUCUCUUUCCUUAGUCGACCAGACCUCCCAAACCUGGCUUAUAAAAGGCUAAAAGGCAAAAGUCCAGGAAUUAUCUUCAUCCCUGGCUAUAUUUCUAAUAUGAAUGGUACAAAAGCAUUGGCGAUUGAGGAGUUUUGCAAAUCUCUAGGUCACGCCUAUAUAAGGUUUGAUUACUCAGGAGUUGGAAAUUCAGAUGGUAACUUAGAAGAAUGCACAGUGGGAAAGUGGAGAAAAGAUGUUCUUUCUAUAAUUGAUGACUUGGCUGAAGGACCACAGAUACUGGUUGGAUCUAGCCUCGGUGGUUGGCUUAUGUUUCAUGCUGCAAUCGCACGGCCACAAAAGGUUGUUGCUCUCGUUGGCGUAGCGACCGCUGUAGAUGGCCUGGUGACACAAUUUAAUCAGCUUCCUAUUGAGACAAAAAAGGAAAUAGAGAUGAAAGGUGUGUGGCCCAUGCCAUCAAAAUACAGUGAAGAAGGAGUUUAUCGCAUUCAGUACAGUGUCAUUAAAGAAGCUGAGCACCACUGCUUGUUACAUAGUCCUAUUCCUGUGAAGUGUCCCAUAAGAUUGCUCCACGGCAUGAAGGAUGAUAUUGUACCAUGGCAUACGUCUGUGCAGGUGGCUGACCGAGUAGUUAGCACAGACGUAGAUGUCAUCCUCCGAAAGAAUAGUGAUCACCGAAUGAAGGAAAAAGCAGACAUUCAGCUUCUGGUUUACACUAUUGAUGACUUAAUUGAUAAGCUUUCAACCAUAGUUCACUAGAAUCACAGCUUUAGUUGGUAUGCAAAGUAAUGGAUCCAGAAGAUGGAAGAGAGUAACAGAUGAAAGACCUUGAUACUUAGAAGGUUUUUCCUCUUCUCUCUACUUUGUAAAUAUCAUGUGAGUAUUUAUCUAAUGAUGUAUUUUCACAAGUGAUACAAAUUGUGAAGAAAGUGCCAGCUGCUGUUUGAAAAAUAUUCUCCCUCCUCAAUCCCUGAUUUUUUUUUUUAUUAAAAUAUUUCCUAUUUUUUUAUUCAAGAAAUGUUUACCUUCUGAAUGCUUAUGUUAACAUGCCAGCUCUUACUUAGAUUUGCUAAUAAAGCUUAAUUUUUUUAUUUGGUAUCAUUGUAUAUGAAGAUUUGUAAAAUUAUCUCUGAUUUUAAAAUGCAGUUCACAAAAUAU